AUGUGGCUCUCCCGGGUCCUCGUUUCCAAGGUGACCAAGAAAAGAAGGAAUAACGGUCGUGCCAAAAAAGGCCGAGGCCACGUGCAGCCUAUUCGUUGCACCAACUGCGCCCGGUGCGCGCCCACGGACAAGGCCUUGAAGAAGUUUGUCAUUCGAAACGUAGUAGAGGCCGCGGCCGUUAGGGACAUCUCCGAAGCGAGUGUCUUCGACGCCUGUGUGCUUCCCAAGCCGUGUGUGAAGCUGCAUUCCCGUGUGAGCCGGGCCACUCACAGCCCGGAAGGACCGAACACCCCUCCCCGAUUUAGGCCUGCAGGUGCUGCCCCACGACCUCCACCAAAGCCCCUGUGA